AUGGCACAGUAUCCUUUCCAUGAUUGAGAACAAAAAGCAGGAAGGACAUUCAAGCAACAGAUUAGAAAAUCCACAGAAGGAACAAUGGAGCCAAAGGAAAUAUAGGUAACGCUCACCGAAACCCUGUGGAACCAGGUAAUGGUGGCUUUUAGGGAUAUACAAAAGGAGCUACAAGAUGCUCGGACUCGAGGUAUUAAUAAAAAGGCAGAAUUUCAAGGCCAACUAGACAGGCACAGCAAGAACCCUUUCUCCCUUGGGAUGGCUGUUGAGGACCUGGGGACACUCUCAGCCUUCAGUCAGACACGGGCUUUUUCAGUAGAGGCAAGGGAGCAAACACAGAGAAGCAUCAGGCCUCCAGGUUCCUGGACAUCCCAAAAUUUGAGAAUGUUACCGCCCAGCACUGAAGAACAGCUAGAAGUCCAGGCCCACAACCUGAAAAGCCAGCACUCUGAUUAA